AUGGCACGCGCGAAAUGGCAACUUGCUUUCUGCCUCGCGGGGCUGGGGCUGGGGCAGGGCGGGUGCCUCCAGCCGGGCCGAGGCGCGGGGAUGCCCGCGGGCCCCAGGUGGGCACAGCCGCAGCCCUUCCCCGCCCCGAGCCCCGGCUGCGGCGUCCCCCGGGCACCGAGAACGCGGCGAAGCGCUCGCACCUACCUCGCAGGAGAGACAAGUGCAAACUGUGCCGUGGAAGUCCAAGAGUCCUCAUGGGAGUGCAAAAACAUCACAAAAGCUGAUCCUGAGUUCUGCAUGGCACCUUCCUCAGCAUGCUUGUCCUCAGAUGGUCUCGGAGGCUGCACGCAGUUGGAAGGGCUGUGCAUGGAAUCUCCAGCUCACUGCACUGUCACCCGAAGCCCACCCUCUCUGAGCACCUCCAUCCUCUCGAGGCACUCUGCUAUCACAGACCCGCUGGCCAUGGUGAGCAGAGCAGAGCAAGCAGGCCGUGCAGUGGCAUGCAGUGCUCAGCAGAACUGCCCACGGAACUCAAUGCUCUGCAGUGCUCACCCUCAACACUUCAUGCUUAUGCAGUGUCUCACUGAGAGCUGUGGAAGCUCUGCGGCCACGAGGCGUGUGGUUGGACAUGAAGAGGGAUGUGGUGAAGGCCAGCAGCCUGCCUGGUGACCGGGGCAGGUUGUGGAUGAGCAGAUGGGAGCAGCUGCUUCCUAACCCAACUGAUCUCUCACCUGCAAGCAAGUUUCAGUACCACCCCCACUGCUCUCUAGGAGCAGUAGAGAUCUCCCAAGCACACAGUGGUCACAUUGCUUGGCUGUGCCACUGCUGGAUGUCUCAGCUCAGUCAGUAACCUGCCAGCCACUGUUCCAUGUACAAGGAGCAUGUUCUUGCAUGUGCUAUGGUGCUGGGCUACCAAGGGGACGUGUGCCGCAUUUACACCAAAAGUGAGUUUCUCGGUUCUCACAAAAACUGAAGUGCAGAGUCAUCUUCUCCAUCCCACUGAAUGUAGCACUAGUUUGCCUUCCAGCAUCCAUUUGUGAUGUGGUGCCCAGCAGCAGAGAUGCAGAACACCUUCCUUCUUGGAAAUCAGUGAGAAAGGCUCUGUUAAACCAAGCGUGGGCAAUGGCCCUUUAAGCAUUGUCUGUUUAACUGUAGCACGAUCUCUCCUGCACUCGAGUGCUUUCCAUAAACAGCAAGUCAUCCUGGAAGGGGAGGGAGAGGAUGAUAAAUAAUCCUGUUAUUCAUGCGACUGCGUUCUUUCAUGAAACUGGGAAAAGGCAAAAUAAAGUGGCGACUGUGAGGCUGA